UGGGUUUGGGUUUGUGGAUCUUCUCAUGUGGUUCUUAUUCAUCAACCAAACUUAUCCUCCCUUUCUAAGAAACAAAAGUGGUUUCCACUCCAAAAAUUACUGUGCCUUUUGCUUUAGACAGUCUUCUUCUUUCCUUGUUUUUAGGAAGAAGCAUUUAUUGCAAAUAUCCAUGACUGCAACAAGUGACCAACUAAAAGGCGCCAAGGAAGAUGCUUUGAAUCAAGCACAGCUUCCACUUUUGUUGAGAGCUGCCAAAGGUUUACCAGUUGAGCGCCCUCCAGUUUGGAUGAUGCGUCAAGCUGGGAGAUAUAUGAAGGUUUAUCAGGAAUUGGCAAAAAAACAUCCUUCUUUUCGUGAGCGUUCGGAAAAUCCAGAGCUAGCCAUUGAAAUUUCUUUGCAACCUUGGCGUGCUUUUCGUCCUGAUGGGGUUAUUCUAUUUAGUGACAUAUUAACCCCACUUCCAGGAAUGGGAGUUGCUUUUGAUAUACCAGACAAAGGCCCUGUUAUCGAACAACCGUUGAGAACCAAAGCAGAUAUCGAAAAGGUUCAUGAAAUGCAACCAGAACGUUCCACUCCAUUCGUUCGCGAAACGUUGAGAGCUCUUAGAGAAGCAGUAUCUGAUGAAGCUGCAGUAUUGGGCUUUGUUGCUGCACCUUAUACUUUGGCUACUUAUUGUGUGGAAGGUGGAAAUUCAAAGUCAUACUCUGCGAUAAAGAAAAUGGCAUUUACCGAACCUGAAUUGUUGCAUCAGCUUUUGGAAAAAUUUGCUCAUAAUUUAGCAAUAUAUUGUUGUUAUCAGAUUGAGUCGGGAGCUCAAGCUAUUCAAAUAUUUGACAGUUGGGCUGGUCAGUUAUCUCCUAUCGAUUACGAAAUGUUUGCAUUACCCUAUCAGAAGCGAGUAUUAGAGCAAGUGAAAAGGCAUUAUCCUGAUACUCCUAUUAUUCUCUUUAUAUCUCAAGGUUCUCAUUAUUUGGAGAGGAUGGCAUCAGUUGGUUUCGAUGUCAUUUCUUUGGAUUGGACAGUUGACAUUGGAAAAGCACGAGAACGAAUCGGUUCUCAUGUUAGUAUUCAAGGCAAUUUAGAUCCCGCCAUUUUGUUAGGGACACCUGAACUCAUUGAAAAGCGUACUCUUGAAAUUAUUGAGAAAGCUGGACCUUGCGGCCAUAUUAUGAAUUUGGGACACGGAGUAUUACCCAAUACACCAGAAGAGAAUGUUACAAAAUUCUUUCAAACGGUGCAACAAUAUCGUUGGCAUUAAAAUUUCUCAUGUUGUUUGGUCUUUUAUGGUUUUCUUAAAAGAGUUACCUUAUCAUACUCAUACCAUAUAUCAUGAUUAUUAUCCAUAUUCUCUUCAUUUUGAGAGUCCCACAUUUGUGGUUCCAUCUUUCCAGUUUCUAUCAACAGUUGUUGCCAAUGUAAUUUGCACAAGAUGGCAUUGUUCUGUGGUUGUCCAGAAUGAAUAUUCAAUAACCAGCGUGAAUAUUCCCAUUGUA